AGUGCUUUGCGAUUCCAUGAGGUCAAAGCGGUUUAUUUUGGUAUUGAGCAGUGGGUUUAUAUAUUGCCUGUGCCAUGAUAGCUAGCCGAUUUAUUUUGUGUACUUUCUCAAGGACCUGGCGACACAGCUGUGUUUCUGAGCCUGUCCAGAGCUUGUGGACGUGUCGUUCAUGUUCCACUGUCGCAGGAUAUAAUAAUAAUAAUAAUAAUAAUAAUAAUAAAAAUCCUCUUCAUCAUCAUAGAAACAUGAGGGUCAUGGAGGAGAUGCUGCGGAGGACUGUGGCUCCGGUACCGAAUUACGAGACGAGAGACAAAUCCCCUCCACCCCCUGACUCCAACAGCCUGGACUUCAUGCACUUCUACAGGAACCUGGGCAGGGAGCAGAGACUGGUGUUUGUUGAGAUCCUCUCCAGGGAGUAUGGAGUGGAUCACAGAGGAGCUUCAGAGAUAGCUCGGAAGCUGGUCGAUACACAGUCCAGGGACUUGGCUACCAUAUUACAGGCUGAAGACAGACUGCGUUACAGUUUAACCCCGAGAUACAGACAUUUACUCAACCACAUUAGCAGGGUGGAGGGAGGGGUGAAGUUUCUGGUGGACCUCCGAGCUGAUGUUCUUGACUUUACCUCUAAAGUUACUGACAGCCCACACUUAAGGGAUCUUAACAGCACUUUGAAGAGCCUCCUGUCCGAGUGGUUCUCUGUUGGGCUUCUCCGGUUAGAGAGAAUCACAUGGCAGUCCCCUUGCGAGCUCCUUCAGAAGAUCAGCCAGUAUGAAGCAGUGCACCCAGUGCGUAACUGGACAGACAUAAAGCGCAGAGUCGGACCUUACAGACGCUGCUACUCCUUCACACAUGCCUCCAUGCCUGGAGAACCUCUGGUGGUCUUACAUGUAGCCCUCACACAGGACAUAUCAGAUAACAUCCAGAGUAUUGUGAGAGAGUUCACCACACUGGAUGCAGUAGAGGAAGUGGAGAAGAUCACUACUGCCAUCUUCUACUCCAUCUCCUCCACCCAGACUGGUCUGCAGGGGGUGGAGCUCGGCAAUUACCUCAUCAAGAGGGUGGUGCGAGAGCUGCAGAGUGAAUUUCCUCACAUGGCUCAGUUCUCCAGCCUCUCUCCUAUCCCUGGCUUUACAUCAUGGCUGCAGGGUUUCCUGGCUCAGUACAGGAAGGAGGGCCGUGUCACCGAGCUGCUCUCUGAACAUGAGUGGACAGAAGUGGAGGAGGCGACAGGGGCAGCUUCUGGUCCUGCUGCCCUCGAUGCCCUUCGUGCCCUUCUCGCCUCUGGAGACUGGCAUCGCUCCGAACGCUUGGCACGCGCUCUGGAGCCAGUCCUGAUGCGACUAUGUGCCUGGUAUCUGUACGGAGAGAAGCGGCGCGGUUAUGCCCUCAACCCUGUCGCCAACUUCCACCUCCAGAAUGGCGCCACCCUCUGGAGGCUCAACUGGCACGCCGACACUAGCCCCAGAGGCAUCGCCAACUCGUGCGGCAUCAUGGUCAACUAUCGUUACUUCCUGCAGGAGACUGGCAUCAACAGCAGAGCCUACUUGCACAACAAAGUCAUCACAGCCUCGGAGCAAGUGCUUAGCCUCGUCGCACAGUUCCAGAAGAAUAGCAAACUCUGAACAAAUUAAUCAGAACAGUACAGGUUUGCACACUGAAGAGUUUUAAAAUCAUAUCUGUUUCAAAAUUUACUUAAAGGAACAGGUUAUAAUUUCAAACUCCUCUGCUGAUAGGGAGGCAAACUGCAACUGCAGUUGUAAUGAAAAUGGUCCGGUUUCUUCCAACUGAGCUCACCUACUCUGAUCAGAGCUGCGUAUGCCACAUGAGAUGCCUUUUAAGAAAAAGAGGGAGAGCUAAGCAACUGGCUAAGGGCCGAAUUAAUUUUAUCAAACAAGUAGGGAUAUUUCAUCAAACAAGUAGUGAUUUUCAGAGAGUGAAUAUUGGUAUCAGGGCCAUUUACUGGCCUGAAGAACCCCAACAAGUUAACCUAACAAAGUGUGUCAAGUAUAAAAGGGUACAUUAACACAGGAGCAAACAACGUUGUUACAAUUUUAACUCUACAACUAGUCUAGCGUGCCAUUGCUUCUUAUCUAAACAUGUCGAAUGAAGACACUAGUCAGACACCUUACAGCCAAUGGCUUGCUGUCAUUAAAGGAAAACUCCACCCUAAAACAUAUGAAGUAUUUCUAUUGAAGUAUUUGUCAUGUGUUUAGUGAUUAUCGUGCUCAUUAUUCUCAUGAGAACUUAGCAGUUGUCUUUUGCUCUGACAUUGCAGGCGGACAUUGUGAAUGCAGGUACAAUGGUGUUUAAUAGGACAAAAAAAAUCUCAAGCAUGCAUAAAAAAAAUGAAAAUUUGCCAUUAGGUCUUAAAAACUUAAGAACAAGCGCUGUUUCUCUCACUCACCAUUUUCCAGUGAUGGUUACCGUCAUAUCCAAUGUGGAAGUAGUGGAGACAGCAAACAUUGGGACUCAUGCAGGUUCCAGAAUGCAAUGCAGCUAUAUAAUACUGCUCUGCUCAGCUAGAUAGCGAUGUACAAGAUGACGAGCACAGUGGCGUUGAGGGUGGUAUUAGCAUGAAAGUUGGUGCUUUGGAACCUUAUCUGUUUGAGAAGAGUGUACAAAGGAGGAGGUUUGAUAGCUGGGCAGACUAAAGGACUAAAGCGCUGCCGCAUCGCUGUCUUUAGGCAGAGAUGAGUUUCCACUGGGACCAAUUUUACCUGGUAGUAGAACGCCAUUGUGGGUAAUGUAGAAGCCUUGAGAAGGGUGAGUUCAGGGUGGAUUUUUCCUUUAAGUGAGUUAACACAGUAGGCUAUAUUAAAAGUCGCUCUGAAAGCACCCCAACCCCAGUAAGAGUUUGAGUACUCGUUCAUUUACUCAUGAUUUUAAGCAUUUAGCCAACACACCACUGAUGGUUCUCAUAACUUGGCAACAGAAGCUUGCACAAAGUGAACUGUGACGAUAUCAGGAUCAGCCACAUGCACUUUAAUAAGUCAUAAUGUAUAUAGUGUGCAUGUUUUAUAUCAGGUGGUAUUUAGGCUUUUAAAUGGUUUAAGCUUCAGUUGUAAACACUAGUUAAUAUUUAAAAAUGAUUUACUUGCAGGUCGAUAUGUAAAACGCUUUUCAGUUCAUUCACUCAUUUGAGAUUUUGCUUGUGCUGUUCUUUUCAACGCCUACAUGAGUAUUAUUUUGCUGCAGACUUGUUUUGUGGUUUUGAAAGACUAGGAGUAAUGAAGUGAGAAGAAUCUAUCAGACCCUGUCAUGUCCCUGCUUCACAGUGUGCGUUAGAGAGAAUGAGGCAGAGUGAGUGGGCGGAGCUUGCUGGAAUAAAUGAGGCUUUGAUUUCUUUAUUAGUAUGAUGUCCAUUAGUGUGAAACGCUUACGUGCGUGUCAUACCAGCCGUUUUUUUUUUUUUUUUUUUUUUUUUUACUCCUCAUAUAACAAGCGAAGUCCGGUGGAUAAGUGAACAAUUGAUAAGAAUGUGUUUUUGCUUCAAACUAGAUUUAUGUAUAUAUUGAUUCAUUUGUAAUGAACGAUGGUGUGCAGUCACCUCAUUCAUUUGGUCAUUUUUCUCACCCAGCUAACAGUAAGUGUUCUCAGUGCUUGAUAAAUAUUAGAUUUUGGAAAUGGAUUGUAGUGUAUCUUAAGUAAACCGUCCGAGUAAGCAAACACAUUUGUAUCAGCAUUAGAUGGCAUCGAUGACAGCUUUUCUAUCUGCGUUUGGAAAGAUUUAACACUCUCCAGCCAUCUUUAUUCCUCUGUCUCUUAUGGAGCCUGACGAGACGGCGGCGCUCACGUAUCUGUUUUCACUCUCUUGUCCUAUAAAAACGUAUCAGUUGACUGUGAAAUUCAAUUUUUGCUCCUGUCCUUUGAGCUGUACUGCCCUUGAAACGAAUGAAGUUCGAAAUAAAGUUGGAAUCAAUUGAUACAUUUAUGAUAUUCACUUAAACGGCGCACAAGGUGGAAACAAAGCCGGUGUUUAAAGGGAGCCUUUAGGGAGCCUCUCCUACAGAGAGUGAAAAAGUGGAGAGUGAAUGUGAUAGAGGAAUGUAGAGUUGCAGGCCCAGCGCUGUUACAGUACACUUCAACACAUCAAGGGCUUCACUGAGAGGUAAAUGGAGGCGGAGUUACUAUGGUAACUGCCAGGAUACUCCAUCUCAUAUCCUUCAUUCCUCUUUUUACAUCAAUUCAUCCUAAUCUGAGGCCAAUUUUUAUGUACGCUGAUGCGACUUCAUCCUCUCCGAGUGGUUUCAUUAUAAUUUCUCUGACAUUCUGGAGCUUGAUCAAGUGAUAUCUCUGCUCUCGCCUUCUCCAUCGGAUGAGAAUUUUCAGUUAUUGCAUAGCUCUGUUACUGAAGUGCUAGAAAUGCCAAUGAAUCUUGUCUACGUUAUUGCUGCAUGAACAGAUCUGUAUUUGGGUAAAUCCAUGGCAGCGUGGUGCACAUCAGAGACUGUAGCUGUAUUGUAGCCUAACAGAUCAGUUGAGGAUCCAGACAGCAGCACUUGAGAGGGAAUCGGCUUAUUUGAAGACGAGUGGUGGAGAAAAGGAGAUGUUUUCCUUUGCUCUUCCCUCAAGGAUUACUGAGGCUGUCAUUCAGUGGUGAACCGUCUCUUUUUCACACACAAAGUCCUGCUGAGAUUUAAUAAUGAAAGCUGCUUACUGUUGAAUUUGUGAUGAAUUUGUGAUUUAUUUUUUUUUUCAAGUCAUAGCUCAAAUAGACUACAAAAUUUCAAUACAGAUUCUAGCCUUUGUGUUUUGAAAUGCUUCAUUAAUGAGUUACUGUGCCUUCAGCAGGAUCUAGAAAGUUUUUACACCGGAAGCCAAAGGAGUAGCAGCGGUUUUGGAAGGAUGGCACAUUAAUGUGUGUGGGUGAGGGGGAUUUUCCAUGUUUGUUAAAUUUUAGUCAUGCUUUUGUGUGUAUAUGCCAGCAGCUGCAUGUCUGAAGGUCAGUUUCUAUCUGUUCCUUUCUCUUUUUUUCCAAAAAAUCAUAUAAACACUGUACACAGCAAACCAACAUGGCCAUCUGUACAAUACAUACAACAAUAAAAUGCACUGUACAUUAA